AAUGCCAAGGACACAUUAGCCGCCGUUCGGAGCGCCGUGGCCGCCCAGUGUGCCGCCGCCGUGACACCGGACUGCGAUGAUCGUGUCCAACGUGAGCCUGGGCGGCUGCGCAGGGUUCAACAGCGCGCUGUGCGCCGGACCCGCGGAGGGGCACCUGGGGGGAGGCUCACACCGGACCACCCUCACCCCGACGGGGAACCUGGUGGUGGCCGUGUGCCUGGGCUUCAUCGGCACUUUCGGACUUCUGAACAACCUGCUGGUGCUCGUGCUCUUCUGCCGCUACAAGAUGCUGCGCUCGCCUAUCAACCUGCUCCUGAUUAACAUUUCCAUCAGCGACCUGCUGGUGUGCGUACUGGGGACUCCGUUCAGCUUCGCGGCCAGCACGCAGGGACGCUGGCUCAUAGGAGAAGUGGGCUGCGUGUGGUACGGCUUCGCCAACUCCCUGUUCGGCAUCGUGUCCCUGAUCUCCCUGGCUGUGCUCUCCUACGAGCGCUACAGCACCAUGAUGACCCCCACCGAGGCAGACUCCUCCAACUACUGUAAAGCUCUGCUGGGCAUCACCCUGUCUUGGGUCUACUCCCUCAUCUGGACCAUGCCUCCACUCUUUGGCUGGAGCAGCUACGGCCCCGAGGGUCCCGGAACCACCUGCUCCGUCGACUGGAAGGCCAAGACAGCGAAUAACAUCUCUUACAUCAUCUGCCUGUUUGUCUUCUGCCUCAUCUUGCCGUUCCUGGUGAUCGUGUUCUGCUAUGGGAAGCUGCUGUGCGCCAUCAGACAGGUCAGCGGGAUCAAUGCAUCGAUGAGCAGGAAACGUGAGCAGCGGGUGCUGUUCAUGGUGGUGGUGAUGGUGAUCUGCUACCUGUUGUGCUGGCUGCCGUACGGCAUCAUGGCCCUGCUGGCAACCUUCGGUCCACCGGGCCUGGUCACGCCCGAGGCCAGCAUCAUCCCCUCAGUCCUGGCCAAAACGAGCACGGUCAUCAACCCGGUCAUCUACGUCUUCAUGAAUAAACAGUUUUACAGAUGUUUCCAGGCCCUGCUGCGAUGUGAUACUCCCCGACGAGGCUCCAGCUUGAAGAGCUCCUCCAAGGUCCCCACCAAGGCCAUGAGAGGCAUAGCUGUCACCGGUCCCCGUCGCACCAAUGACUUCCUAUUUAUGGUGGCCUCCCUGGGUCAGCCGGCUGCCACCAUGCCCCAGCUGGGCCCCUCCUUUGAAGUCAGCAAUGAUGUCACCAAAGCUCCCUCCUCAGACGCCAACCUGCCGGUCGUAGUAUCACUGGUGGCCCACUUUGAUGGUUGAUGAUUGGCUUUUGACCACGAAGAGUCCCAAAGACCCCAGCCAGGAAAUCAUUAAUAAUGAGAGGGGCGGUUUAACUGAGGCUUGGAGAGCAGCAGCAUGCCAGUCCAGGUGGAUUUAAUGCAGCUGUUGCAUCAGCUCUGCCCCGGCCAGUAGAAAUGACGGACCAGUAACAAAGGCAAAAAAAAAUCUCGGACUGCCUCUGGACAACAGGAGCAGAAAUCAGAGGCGGAAAAGGCUGCAGAAGCUGGCAGUCUGCGUUUCUCUGCAGAGAAAAUAACUUGCUGGGGAUGAGCAUCUGAAGAAUGUUCUUAUCACAGCUUUUGGAGAAAGCACAGUUAGACUGUUUUGAAGAGGAAAUUUAGGGAUAAUUUAUUUUGCGCAAUAUCUAAUGUUUGGCAUUCACUCUCAUAAAAUGCCACAACAGAAAUGUGUUCAGAGAGCAGGAAGAGCGAUAACAUGUACCUUUGUACUGAUGGCUGUGUUUACAAAAAAAUAACAUUUUUAUUACUGUAAAUUACUAUUGUUUAUUACUCCCAAGCAUUUUAAAGUCUUUUGCAGGAGUAGACACGAUUACAAAGACAAAAUAGCCUAGACUAUGAAUAGUAUGAGAAUGUACUGGGAAUGACUUUAAAGUUUUUUAGCUGUUAUUCCCUGCUAGUCAUUUUCAUUUACUUCAACACUUGUCACUUUGAAAUGCAUAUGUGGUUUUCCAUUAAGUGGUUUAAUAAUUAUCUGUUAGAAUUUUAGCAUUGCUAGGAAGCUAGCGGCAUUAAUGUGUUUUCCAGGUACCGUGACUUUGAUAUCAAACAUAUAGGUGCAUGUUGGAGAGUUACUGUGUAGUCCCUUCAAUAAGGUCCGUGCAUGUGCACUGUUGCAAAUAUGCAAUGCAUAAUAUGCAAAUGAAGCCAGAGAAAUACAGUAUCUGCUAAUGAUCAGUGUACAUGACUGACUUGGUAUUGUACGAAAUUCUGAAAAUGAAUGCUUCUAUGGUAUUUGAAUUGGACAUUUUCACAUUCAUACACCUGUUAAAUCCUUUUUUCUUUUUUUUUUUUUUUGAAAAAAGCUUGGUCAAGUUCAAGUGCAAAGUCCUGUGUGUGUGGAUAGAAGGAUAGAAGACAUAUUUAACGGAAAAGAGCAAUCUUCAAACAAUCUGAUGAAAGUAUUAGCAGUCCAGUGCCUUAUUCAUUGGCACACAGUCAGCAGUGCAUGUGCAAAGACAUCAGCCUCUGCUCAUAAUUUCUGUAAAAGUCAAACUAUUUGCACGAGCGACAUUGCCGGAGGAAAUCCUAACAACAAACACAAGUUAUUUUCCAGUGUUUCUCCAGAACACAACAACGUGCUCGACUUGAGGCAACGAGUAUCUUUCAGAUGGGAUAAGUUUGUUCUGUAUAUAUUGUUUGCCAUGUGCUUGUCUGCAUCUUAUUCAAUUUUUUGAUAGCUGACUUGACACCUUUUCCUUCUUGCAGUACAGAGAUAAAUGUGCAGUUUCUGAAAGCAGUGCAUCAUUGCUGUGUUGUCCGUGAAUGUCUAAGCUGUAAGUUGUGUGGUACUUUUACGCCACUGCACACGAUUACAGUGUGUGCAGUUGUUUUGGUAAUUCACUUUUAGCGCACUGUUUUCUAUGUGCUCUCCAGAUCUUGUAUAAAUUAAUGUACAUGAGUUGAUACCAAAGCUAAAGAAAUGUUGAUAUUUUUUGAGGGGUGUUGAAUAAAGUUGUUUUUUUUUUAAGAUAUGGUAAAUCAAUGUGCAAUGUUGUUUUUUUUUUUUUUUAGUUUUUUUAGUUGUUUUUCUUUUUAGUUAGGACCCGUUUGAAAUGUGAGGUGGUCCAAAUCAAGG